AUGUCGUCUAUGCGAGGCUUGGUCCAGUUUAUUGCCGACUUGCGAAAUGCUAGAGCGCGCGAGUUGGAAGAGAAACGGGUGAACAAGGAAUUGGCCAAUAUCCGACAAAAGUUCAAGGGUGGAAGUCUCAAUGGAUAUCAGAAGAAGAAAUACGUCUGCAAAUUACUCUAUGUCUACAUCCAGGGGUACGAUGUUGACUUCGGUCAUCUGGAAGCCGUCAACUUGAUAUCUUCCACCAAGUACUCGGAGAAGCAGAUCGGGUACUUGGCCGUGACUUUAUUUUUCCAUGAGCAGCAUGAGCUAUUGCACCUUGUUGUUAACAGUAUUAGGAAGGAUUUGUUGGACCAUAAUGAAUUGAAUAAUUGUUUGGCGCUACAUGCCGUUGCCAACGUCGGUGGUAGGGAAAUGGGUGAAGCACUGUCAACUGAUGUUCACCGGUUGCUGAUUUCUCCCACGUCCAAGGCCUUCGUAAAGAAGAAGGCUGCCCUAACACUCCUCCGUCUAUACCGCAAAUACCCCGGUAUCGUGCAAAUCGAGUGGGCUGAGCGGAUAAUAUCUUUGAUGGACGAUCCAGAUAUGGGUGUCACCCUAUCUGUCACCUCCUUGGUCAUGGCAUUGGCCCAGGACAAACCAGAAGAAUACAGAGGGAGCUACGUUAAGGCUGCCCAGCGACUGAAGAGAAUCGUAGUUGAUAAUGAUGUUGCUCCGGACUACCUUUAUUAUCGUGUGCCGUGUCCAUGGAUUCAGGUCAAGUUGCUACGGCUGCUGCAAUACUACCCUCCAUCAGAGGACAGUCAUGUCCGCGAGAUUAUCCGUGAGUCUUUACAGCAAGUCAUGAAUAUAGCUAUGGACACGCCGAAGAACGUCCAGCAGAACAACGCGCAGAAUGCAGUGCUCUUCGAAGCCAUCAACCUCCUCAUUCACCUUGAUACUGAGCACAGUCUCAUGAUGCAAGUCUCGUCACGUCUAGGCAAAUAUAUUCAAUCGCGGGAGACGAACGUUCGGUACCUUGGCCUCGAGGCUAUGACGCACUUCGCAGCCAGGGCAGAGACUCUUGAUCCUAUCAAGAAACACCAGAACAUUAUCCUUGGAUCACUUAGAGACAGGGACAUCAGCGUUCGCCGCAAGGGUCUGGACCUGAUUUACAGCAUGUGCGACACAACGAACGCCGGCCCAAUUGUCAAUGAGCUUUUGAAGUAUCUUCAAACAGCCGAUUACGGGAUUAGGGAGGAAAUGGUACUGAAGGUUGCUAUUCUUACAGAAAAGUAUGCUACUGACGCCCAGUGGUACAUCGACAUGACCUUAAAGCUCUUGUCUUUGGCGGGUGACCAUGUCAACGAUGAGGUGUGGCAACGAGUGAUCCAGAUCGUGACGAACAACGAGGAGCUACAGGCCUAUGCGGCGCACACGCUUCUCAAUUAUUUAAAGACUGACUGCCACGAAAGCCUGGUGAAGAUUGGAUGCUACGUUCUGGGCGAAUUUGGACAUCUUAUUGCGGACAACCAAGGCUCCAGCCCCAUCGAACAGUUCCUGGCAUUGCAAGCCAAGAUGAUUACCAGCACCGACAACACCCGCGCGAUGAUUCUCUCAUCUUUCAUUAAAUUCGUCAACCUCUUUCCUGAGAUCAAACCCCAGCUUCUUCAUAUAUUCCGGCUGUAUAGUCACUCUCCCGACUCAGAACUUCAACAACGAGCUUUUGAAUACCUGUCGCUGGCGACUCUUCCCACAGACGAUCUUCUGCGGACAGUUUGCGACGAGAUGCCACCCUUCUCGGAGAGAGCAUCAAUUCUCCUCUCUCGGCUUCACCAGAAGACGGCUGGCACAACUGAUAAGAAGACCUGGGUUGUUGGUGGCAAGGAUGCUAAUCAAGAUCAGAAGGAGGUCCUUAUGGCGCAAAAUACUGGACUUAAGCGUACAUUUACUACGAUUGUCAAUGGCACUAACACUGGAACAAACGGUACAGCGGCAUCGCCAGUAUCAACAAGUGCGACAGGGGACCUAGCAGGACUGGACCUCAGCGCUUCAUCUACUCCGCCUCCUCCUAACAUGGCCAGCGCAGCCCAUCUUACGCCGGACUGGGAUAUCGGGUACAACCGGUUAUAUUUCAAGGAGCAAGGUGUGCUGUUUGAGGAUGCUCAAAUUCAGGUUGGCUUGCGAUCCGAGUACCGUGGUCAUAUGGGCGUGGUGAAAAUCUACAUUUCUAACAAGUCGUCCUUUCCCAUUGGAUCAUUAACGACGACGCUAGACAACCGUGCAGCGCCCAACCUCAAAGUAGACACCAAAAGCUUACCCGAGCCUUCUCUUCCUGCUGCCAGUCAAACCCAGCAAACUUUUUUCUUUGAGGCUCAUGGCCCAUUCACUGAUGCGCCUACCAUUCGCAUCUCUUACCUUGCAGGUUCCCUUCAGGCCUAUACGUUACAACUUCCCGUCCUCAUGCACCGGUACUUGGAGCCGUCGACCUUGUCGGCUGAAGAAUUCUUUAAACGGUGGAGACAGAUCGGUGGGCAACCCCUUGAAGCACAGAAUACGUUUGGGGUAUUAGCAAAAGCAAAGGACAUCAACGAGACAUUCACGCGGCAGACGGUGGAAGGGUUCGGUUGGAGAAUUGUUGACAAUGUGGACCCCAACCCGAAGAACAUUGUAGGCUGUGCUGUGUACCAUUUUGGCACAGGGAAGACAGGAUGUCUUCUACGACUGGAGCCUAAUUAUGAGAAGAUGAUGUAUCGCAUCACCAUCCGAGCCACACAGGAAGCCGUGCCACAAGCGCUGGCCAAGCAGAUGGAGCAGAUAUUGGCGCAGGGAAACACAUCCGAUCGUUAUGCAUAG